CCAGAAGAAAGAAAAUAAAAUAAAAUUAAAUCUCUCUUCUACCUUUCUUUCUCUUUUUUCUUGAGAGCUUACAAUAAUAAAUUAACAGUGAUUAUAAUGAUAACAAUUAAUAUUUUGGGUGGUUGUGAUUAACUGUAGAUGAAAUUUUGCCUUUUGUCCUUUCAAGAAGCAAGAGGCCCCCUUUAUGUCAGAAGAAAAUCUCCAACUUCCAAUCUUCAAUGCUCAUUUGUCCUUCUUCCAUUAUUCAUACCCAUAAAGUGGCUUGUGUCAGAGUUAGUUAGUACUAGGAUUCAUCACAGGAUAAAAAUUCACCGUGACACGCUUCGCCCUCUCUCUACACAAACCCUAGCUGUAGUUCUUUCUUUUCUUUUCUUCUGUUCUUCUUCUUGUAGCCAUGACUUCAGUCCACCCAAAUUCUACUACAACAACCAGGUUUGCUCGUAGAUUUCUCAUUUCCCUUUCCAGGAUGAGAAGACCAAUAACGCUUGGUCCUCCUUCUGAUGAGGAAGUCUGCAGAAGAACCCGUAGGAUAAAGCUUGCUGCUUAUUCCUCCAUGGCUCGUGCUGUUGGGUCGAGAAGGGCUUGGAGCCGAGCACUUCUUUUGAAGGUAAGAAACCGUGUCAGGUUCCAGGGAAUUUUGAGAAAUAGAUUCUUGGCUUCUAAGAAGAAAAGGGUUAUCAAAAGAAAUAAGGCUUCAGGAGAGAUGAACAAGACUGAUAUGCUUCGAAAGCUGGUUCCUGGUGGGGAAACUAUGGAUAUUUGUGGGUUGUUGGAGGAAACUGCGCAUUAUAUGGCAUCUCUUGCCACGCAGGUUAAGGUGAUGCAAAGUAUAGUGGAUCAAUACUCGAAAUGAUCAUAUAUUGGAAAGGAAAAAGGAAAGGGAAGUACUGAAACAAGAAUAAUAAGAUAGAGAAGAUGCUGUGUAGACGAGGACAAGGAUCAAGAUGGGGUGGUAAUUAACUGGUGAGUAUCUAUCUAAAAAGAAAAAAAAAAAUUAAUAGUUAUGGUAUACUUGUGUAGAUCAUCAAAAAGGUACGGUUGUAUGUCAGAAGCUCACACAGAAUUUAGCUUUUUCUUGUAUGGGUUUUUGUUUUGUUGUACAUAGAUAAAGUCUGACAGAGAUCUAAUCUUAUAUUUGUAUACUUUCUUUAUCUGUGA